UGUAACCAAGUUAGCUUACACGAAACCACCUCCACAUAGAAAGAGGGGAAUGGAACCUAACGAAAGCCACCAUCACCACCAACAACAACAGCUCCAUCACCACCACCAGCAACAGCAACAGCAGCAGCACCAGCAGCAACGACUCAGUUCUCCUUACUUCCACCACCACCUACAGCAUCACCACCACCCAACCACCGUAGCAACCACCGCUUCUACCGGAAACGCCGUUCCAUCUUCCAACAAUGGGCUUUUCCCUCCGCAGCCUCAGCCGCAACACCAGCCUAAUGAUGGGUCAUCGUCACUCGCGGUGUACCCUCAUUCAGUUCCGUCCUCGGCUGUGACGGCGCCGAUGGAGCCUUUAAAGAGGAAGAGAGGUAGACCAAGAAAGUAUGUGACGCCGGAACAAGCCCUAGCGGCUAAGAAAAUGGCGUCUUCUGCGAGUAGUUCCUCUGCUAAAGAGAGGAGAGAGCUUGCUGCUGUUACCGGAGGUACGGUAUCGACUAAUUCCGGGUCAUCGAAGAAAUCUCAGCUUGGUUCUGUCGGGAAAACUGGACAAUGCUUUACUCCGCAUAUCGUUAAUAUAGCUCCCGGUGAGGAUGUGGCCCAGAAGAUUAUGAUUUUCGCAAACCAAAGCAAGCAUGAACUAUGCGUUCUUUCUGCAUCAGGCACUAUCUCUAGUGCAUCCUUGCGCCAACCAGCUACAGUAGGAGGCAACAUAUCGUAUGAGGGUCAGUACGAGAUUCUCUCACUAUCUGGAUCAUAUAUCCGAACUGAACAAGGUGGUAAAACCGGCGGCCUUAGCGCUUCUUUAUCUGCUUCAGAUGGUCAGAUCAUCGGUGGAGCGAUUGGGACCCACCUCACAGCUGCUGGCCCGGUUCAGGUGAUUCUUGGUACGUUUCAGCUUGAUAGAAAGAAGGAUGCCGCCGGGAGUGGUGGGAAAGGGGAUGCUUCAAACAGCGGAAGUCGGUUAACUUCUCCUGCAAGCACUGGACAGUUGCUUGGCAUAGGUUUCCCUCCUGGUAUGGAAUCUACGGGAAGAAAUCCAAUGAGGGUAAAUGAUGAGCAGCAGCAUCAUCAUCAUCAACCCGGUUUAGGUGGACCUCAUCAUUUUAUGAUGCAAGCACCGCAGGGGAUGCACAUGACACAUUCCAGGCCAGCUGAAUGGCGCGGAGGAGGCAACAGCGGUCUUGAUGGCAGAGGCGGUGGCGGGUAUGAUUUGUCAGGACGGAUAGGACAUGAGUCUUCAGAGAAUGGAGAUUACGAGCAGCAAAUACCGGAUUAGCAGAGCUUCGAGGAGAAGUGUGUAGAGUUUAGAUCCCAAGUAGAAACAGAAGCCGAGCAAAGAAUCUGAACUGAGAGAGGACUUAUUAGACAGAGUCUCGCCUGAAGGGUCUUCAUCAUAGAAAGAAGUUGCUGAGUGAUGGCUUUUGUUCUUCUUCUUGAUACUGUGUAUUAUAUUAACUCCACAACCUUUUUUUCUUUCAAUAACGAUUCUGCUUCACU